AUUCAUAUUUAUGAGUAAAUUAAUAUAAUUGGCAAUCAAACCUCAUUAUUUUGUUACUAGAGUGCAAUCAAUCAAUAGCAAAGCUAAAUCAUUCACAGCAAUAGAUUUUUAUAAUAAUUUAUUACUGAAUACUUAAACAAAUAAGAAUGGAAGAUAUUAAUUUUAGACAAAUGAUGUAGGUCAUUUUGUUAAUAUGGUUGAAAAGGAUAAUAUUAAAGAAGCAAUAGAAGUAUUAUAAAAUAUAAUUUGAUUAGGGAUUUAAUAAUAUAUUAGGUCAUAAUAAUUAAGUGCAUUGUGGUAUUAAAGAUAAGUUUAUGCUUAAAUGUAUUGAAUUUGAUUAGACAAAAUAUGUUUUGGAUGCUUUAAAAUUUCAUUCAGCAAUUAGAUAUUUCCCACAUCCUUCAGUGAUAACAACUUUAGCUAAAAAACUUGAUGAUGAAUCAUUGAUUGAAUUGUUUAAGAUUUUGAAAACAUGUCCCUUUUUGAAAAUUGAUAGUUCUGAUCUCUCAAAUUUGAUAAAAGAUGAUCCAAAAAUAUCAUAUGAAGUUUACAGAGUGGCAUUAUAAAAGAAAAUAAAAUUAUAACCAAAAGAUUUAUAUAGGAUUGCACGAUAGUUUUUAUCUGGCAACAAAAUUAGAAAAGUGUAUACUUAUUAUCCUUAUUAUAAUUUAGUGGUUUUAUGACUUAAUUUGCAUAAGAAAAUGGAAACGAAAAUGAUAUAUAUAGUUCCUUAAGUAUAUUAUUUACUCAUGUUUAUUUAACAAACAAAUAAUAAGCAAUAGUUGAGUUAGCUAAAAUAAUUGAACAAAAAGAUGGGUAAGAUUAUUUUAUAAAUUUUAGUUUGACUAUUUUGAAACAAGAAGAAUAAUAUUUUAAACCCCUUUUAGAAAUUUUGUAAAAAUAAGUUGAAAACGAUGAAAAAUGGAAAUCUAGAUUAGAUGAAUUAAUAUCAAAAUUGAGUUGAUUUUUAUAGACC